UUGUUUUUUUGCUUUUUUUUUUUUUUUAAUACUGUGCUGGAGAACUCAAGGCAAAACAAAGAAACUGCCUCCUCUGGGGUUGUCAGUGAGAAAGGACGAGUUGUGCAACUGGUUUGGGAUUUCCAAGAGGGCGAGGGGGUGGGAAUCAGAAGAAGGUGCAAAGCCACAAAGUGUGAGUGCAAGUGUGUGUGUAAGGGGGUAUGUGUGAAAAAUCCCUUCCAGCACCCCUUUCCACUGGUUUUUAUUUAUUGUUGUUGUUGUUCAUUCUGCUGUCAUCUAUUUUUCAGACCUUUCUGCAUCUAAGAUGGUGAAGAAAGGAGUGAGGAAGAGAGCAAAAUAACUACUGGGAAGUCUCAAAUCAGCUCUUUUUUCUGAGGGAGGACUCGAAGGAUUAAAAGGCAGCAACUUCUGAGGCGAUCUGUCCCCUGAGUUAUGGAUGUUGGUGCACUUACUUCAGGCCAGAUCAGAGCUCAGAGGGAUCUAACCAGAAGCAGCAACCACCGGCUCUCCACUUGCCUUUUACCAGGUUUUACCCAUCCAGUAUGUUUCUUUUGAUAAGACAUUUUCCAGCGCCCAGAGUUUCAGUACAAUGUGCAAAUGGAUACUGACAAAUGGUGCCUCAGCCUUUUCCCACCUGCCUUGUUGCUGCUUGCUGCUGCUCUUCUUGGUGUCUUCUGUGCCUGUCACCUGCCAUGACCUCGGCCAGGACAUGCUGUCCCCGGAGGCCACCAACUCUUCUUCUUCAUCAUCCUCCUCCUUCCCCUCGUCCUUCUCCUCUCCUUCCAGUGCGGGGAGACACGUGCGGAGCUACAAUCACCUCCAAGGAGACGUGCGCAAGAGGAAGCUCUACUCUUACAACAAAUACUUUCUCAAGAUCGAGAAGAACGGCAAGGUCAGCGGCACCAAGAAGGAGAACUGCCCCUUCAGCAUAUUGGAGAUAACAUCUGUAGAAAUUGGAGUUGUGGCAGUUAAGUCCAUCAAAAGCAACUAUUAUUUAGCUAUGAACAAAAAAGGAAAAGUCUACGGCUCCAAGGAGUUUAAUAGUGAUUGCAAAUUGAAGGAAAGAAUAGAAGAAAAUGGAUACAAUACAUAUGCAUCCUUAAAUUGGAAGCACAAUGGAAGGCAAAUGUUUGUUGCUCUGAAUGGAAGGGGAGCCACAAAGAGGGGACAGAAAACAAGAAGAAAAAACACUUCAGCUCACUUUCUUCCAAUGGUAGUAGUGUCAUAGAUGAAGGAACUAUUUUAUCAGUGCAGUUGAACCAAAGGCUCUUAUGUCACUAAUAAUUGGUAAUCUUCUUGAAGAAUAAUUGCAAAGAAAUAGUGCAGACAUCUGCUUGUUUGAAAAGAGCAGGGGAAUCCUCUGAAGUUUUUGUACUAAUUACUGGCAAAUGAAGUACUUUUAUUUAGUUCAGUGUUCUAUCUUAAGAGCAAGAUAGAAGCUGAAUCAAAGGGGAUAUAAGUCAUUGCCGGUGUGAACAUUUUUUCUCUCUCUGCAACAGAACUUAAGGAAUGUGAGACAAUCUAAUGAAUGAUCUUCGUGGGGAAAGUUAUUUAUGGAAUACUAACUCAUAUAAAGACCUUAAUUGCUCAUUCAAGCCUAUGAACAGUUAGACAUGCAAGCAUUUACUGGAAGCACUUGGGUCAUAUGCACAAAUAAAGAUGCUUCUGGAGAAGCCUUGUGGAAGAAUGGAUAGGGUUAAGAAAUAUAAUCAAAGCAGUAUCAAACUGUUCUAACAAAACGAAUAGUAUGGUUUGCUUGUAUGUUCUAACUUCACUCCUUUUUAUUUCUCUCUAAGUUAUUUAUUUAAUAGGAUGUUAAAUAUCUUUUUUUUAUUUGAAAUGUUUUCCUCAUUUGCUUCUUUGUUGUUUUCCCUUUUUCUCAGUACUUCACAAAGGGUUGAUAAGUUAAAAUAUCAGAACCUCGUAAGUACUGUGAGAAUAGGUAAUGGACAAGGCUUUAAAGGCAGAAUUUAAUGUGUAUAAUCCCUUUUUUUUUUUUUUUUUUUUUUCUAACUCUCUUGCACUUAAACAAAAGACCAAACAUGCAGUGCUUGGAUUAAUGGUAUUGUGUGUCUUUAUGUUUGAGAGGUUUUCUUACUUAUUAGCACUCAGAAACAAACUUCAAGAAAUGCUUCAAAGGGACUUUCUGCUAUUUUUAAACUGAGAGCAGGGGCCACCUCUGUACUUGGGUAUCAAUGUAUCUGUGUGUAUAUUCAUCUGACUUUGACUUCAGUGUGGAAUUAAGAACAAAUGCAUGCAUUGCAAUCAGUAAGAAAUCUUGUAGCAAGCACUGGGCUGGAACCUAGAUGUGGACAGUCCUGUAAAAAUCGCUGAUAAUUCCAUUGUUAAAAUUAAACAAUAUGAAAUUUCCAAGAGUUAAAUUUGGUCUUUGAAAGUUGAGAUAGACACACCGUCCUUAUUCAAUUAAUGUGGCCGUUCAGCACAUUUGUCCUUGUUAACAGCUUGAAGAGUCACAGAAAAAGAGUGGGAGCAAUACCUAAAUAAGGACUGAGGGAUAGGGAAUCCAAAAUCAUGCUCGUGUAUUUAUCAGAGAUUAUUACUCACAUGUAUAUUAUAUAUGAGAGCCAACGAAAAAGCUGUGCUGGUAUCCAGCUUUAGCAUGCCUUUCCUAUCCACCUUAGUCACUGAAGGCUCCAAAUGCAUAAUAUCCAGCACAUUUUCAUUAAGUGUUACUAUUCCCAUGGCUUAACUUGAGCAACUGCAGUAUAACAAAACUAAGCAUAAUAUGAAGUCUGUUCAAUUAAAGGUACAUAAGGUUUGUUUUAUGUUUUGCUUUACUCUGUAAUUUUAUAGAGCUCUGGAUAGCUCACCAAUGUAACCAUAUUGAGAUUCAUUUUGUUAGAGCAGAUAAAUAGAAAACAAUACAACAAAUAAUUUGUACCACUGUCUUCACAUUGUAUUCCACUAAAUAAAUAAUUAAGCCUUUGCAGUGUCUGUAGUAAGAAACAGAAGUAGUAUAAUAUUAUUUUGUUCUAAAUACUUUUAAGUGAUAACUAUGAGAUUAUAUUGAUGAUGCAGUUUUAUCUUCAAUAUUUCUUGUUGUGAAAAAGUCAGUUUUAUUUUUAUUGUUUGGAAACUGUAUUUUGGUACAAAGGAGAGCCUUGCUUAAUGUUUCUUUUUGAGAAUGUUUAAUCUCUAUAAAGGCUGGUGUUGUUGGAAUCUUCUCUAAGUUAUUUAAGUCGAUGUUUAACCAGCACUUCAAUCUUAAUCUGUUAUUUAAGUAUUAGCUGUUAAAAAAAAAAAAAAAAAAAAAAAAUGCUUUCCCAUGAAAAUACAAUGUGGUCAGACUGUAUUUCCUGUCUUUAAAUAAAGUUAACUCUUUUAAAACCAGAAAGUAAUUCGAGACACAACAUUCUAACUGAUAGCUAACAUUACAUUUCAUGGUUCUUUGUCUCCAGCUUGCUUCUUCACAAAUGAGGUUUUCUAGAAACAGAAAUAAGAAUUUCAGAUUUUAAAUGUAAUUCCAGGUGAUCAGCAAAACUUAAUCACCAUAAUAAAUGUGGGUCUCUGCUGUUAAAAAUUUGUAAUCAAUAACUAGAACUGACAAGACAUAGUGGACCACCCACAGUGAAUGUUCAGUGUUAGCCUGGGCAAAUGCAGUAUUGGAUUACUACUUAAAGAACAUUUAGGGUACAAAUGAGGUUCUCUUGACAGAAUUACCUGGUUUAUAUGAUCUGGGGAGGGUUUGGCAUAAAUAUUAUCGUAGUACUCAAAACACUAUGCUGCUCAGAGGCCAAAAUUGGGAAAAAUAUCACUUUUCCAAAGUGAGUCAGGAGCCAUUUCUGACAUGAAUUUCUUAGAAUGAACCAUAACAAAAUGUCCUUGAAGGAAACAAUGAUUCCUGCAUGAUUAACAUACUGUAAUACCCACUGGUGGUGGGAGGGGAGCAAACUGCAGACCUUUUUUCUAGAGUUUCACAGUUCCUCAACCAUAUCCUCUGUUCUCUGUCAGACAGACUCUUGAGGAGGAGAGAUUUAAAAAAGAAAAGAAAAACAAAAAUCACUGAGCAACAAUGUAUUGCAUGUUAUAGUUAAAUAAAAGUAAUAAAAUAUGGGGAAUAGAGAAUAAGACUAUUGUCUUUGUUUUAUUAACGUGAAUUGAUACUGCAAAAUACAUAUAAAAAGGGAAAAGAUACGUUGUACUAGAGGAUGUGGUUUGCUUCUAUAUAGCACUGAAACAAAACAAAAAUCACUAGGACAUUUAUAAAGUUUCUUUAAUUCUUUGCAUGUGUAAGUCAGCUAUCUCCACACUAAUAACAACCAAAUGCUUUAGAUUCUUCCCAUAAGUAUUCAGAUUCACCUAGUUUAUUCAGUGGAAAAAAUAGUGAAUUUAAAGCAAGGACUUUUGAUGAAAGAAUGGUGGGUCUUAAGAAGAAGAAUGAGUACUUACACUUUUAAAAUAAACUUUGGAGAAGGAAAAACAGUUGCAUUUUAUGUAAGUCUUCAUUCAAGGCAUUCCAGGUUAUAAAGUUCUCUAGAGGUUAGUAAACUUAACUAAUACAAGUUGGCGAGUCAACAUUUGUAAUCCAUGCCUCUGCUGA